CCCAGUCCUCCCACUGUGCAUCCUCGUUCUCCAGCUGCUGUUGUGGACCUUGAGCAGCCUGUGAACAAUCAAACACGGCAGUCGAGCUCCAAGUGUUGGAGGAAGAGGACGGACAAGUGAGGAAGUACUGGAGUAAGCAGGAGGAGAAGUUUAAGGCAGCGGCCAUGUCUCUGUCAGCACACCUGAGCUGCCUCCAGAGCAGCCAGGGAGCAGAACGUGAGGCGGCGCUGGCGUCGAUGGAGAAACAGCUGAUGUGUCCCAUCUGCAUGGAGAUCUUCAACAAGCCUGUGGUCAUCCUGCCGUGCCAGCACAACCUGUGCAGAAAGUGUGCUAACGAGCUCUAUCAGCCAUCCCUGUUCCAUCCUCGAACCACCAUGCUUGUAAACAGUGGACGCUUCCGAUGUCCAACCUGCAGACACGAUGUGGUGCUGGAUCGCCACGGCGUCUACGGCCUCCAGAGAAACCUGCUGGUAGAGAACAUCAUUGAUAUCUACAAACAGGAACUCAACCAAAUCCCAAGCCCUCCUCUUCCUCCUGCACCACCUCCUCCUCCUCCUCCUGCUGCUGAGGCAACCUGUUCCGAACAUGAGGGUGAAAAGUUGAACAUCUACUGUCUCACCUGCCAGCUUCCUACAUGUUCUUUCUGUAAGGUAUUCGGAGCUCAUCAGUCAUGUCGAGUGGCCCCUCUGACAGACGUCCACCAGCAAAAGAAGGAUGAGCUGAGUGAAGGUAUCACUUCUCUGGUUGAAUUCAGUGACAGAGUCCAGGCUCUCAUCAGUGAGAUAGACGAGACUUGUGGAGCUGUUGAGGAGAACUACAAGACCCAGAAACAGAACGUGUGUGACAAGUUUAGCAGUAUGUUUUCCAUCCUAGAGGACAGACGCAAGGUCAUGACACAACAAAUUAGCUCUGAAGAAGACAAGAAAAUAAACCACAACCAGAUGUUGAUGCGUUUCUAUAGCGACAGCAUGGAGGCCAACAGGAAGCUGUUGGCGAGUGCAGAGAGCAGCAUGGAGGAGCUGGAUAUGGCUGCAUUUGUUCAGAAUUCAAAAGAACUGAUCUCAAAAGUGAUUGCAGCCACCAGCUCCAGUCCAUCAGAGACACUGAAACCAGGUUGUGAAAAUCCGAGGCUCUACAGGUUUAAUUUUAGCGAGCAAGAAAAAGUGCUGAGGGGAGUAGACUUUGAUAAAGUUGUAGAAGACAUUUCUGAAGAAGCAGAAAACAGUCCAGAGCCAGAAGAACCCAAAGGACCCUUAAUCCAGAAUAUAGAACCAGGACCGUAUCAGGAAACUUCGGUCCAAGACCUGCAUGCUGUGGGAAAACCAGCUGAGGAACCAGUUCUAGCACUCAUAUCUCCAGCAGUGGAACCAUUACAGCCUGUUGAACUGGAAGCUGACCCAGUCCCUACAGCUCCUGGACCGGCAACCAGUUCUUUAGAGUCUGCUGGAGAACAUCCACAGCAGGACACUUACGAGCCAGGUACAAGUAAUGUGGGACCCGGUCAGAUUAAGGUGGAGAAGAAGGUGGAGUGGGUGGAAGCUCAACCUGAGGCACCACAUCCUGUGAAAGAGGAACGCAUCAGGAAAGACCAGGAGGGGAUGAGCACACAGCAGGUUGUCACACUGAUCUUCUACUUGUUGGCCUUGCUGGUCGUCCUGCAGAGGGUCUGGUCUUACGUCGGCUGUUUCAUCCACCUAUGAAGCCAGAGAGAGAGACGCGCUGAACAAUGAGAAUCAGAACCCACCUUUCUCCGGUUCUGCCCUCUCUUCUUCAGCGUCCUGCUGCUCGGUCCUGAGUCCGGUUCCUUGUAGACCCAGUCGCUGCUUCUCAUGGCCGAACCCAAAACCACAAGAAACAGCAGGAGGGGAAAAGGAGGCCUUUUGCUUUACUUGUGAUAUUUAUUACUUUUGGUUCUCCUACAGAACCGGGAAAGAGGCAAUUUUUUUCCAGGCCGUUUUAUUUUAUGUUUAUUUAUUUUUUUUAUGCAGUUGCAGUGGAUCAAAACCUCAAGUGUCACAGGAAGCUGUUGACUGUAAGGAUCAUUUGAGCUGCUUUGAUGAACUCCAAACUGCUGAUUGAUUCUGUUUGGGUACAGACUGUAGCCUAUGACCUGUUUUGGCAUGAACUUAUGAAGGUAUCUGAGUUUUACAAGCUUGUAUUUGUUCAUGCCUAAGAAGCCCUGAUGAUGCACUGGAUUUGAUUUAAUUGUAAUAUACUGGAUGGAUACUUCAGAACUGACUAGUCCGUGUAAAGUUUAUUUUAUUUUUUUUUGUAGAUUUAAGGCUAAAUAUAAAAAGAGAAGCGUUUCUAACCUCAAAACCAAUUAAAAUUACAAAUACAAAUACAAGCAUGUCUUCCUGAUGUCACUAGUCCACGCAACAAUACAAAGUUUUAGAAACGUAUCUCCUGCACUAGUUGGAGGUUGUAGUUUCUGGUUUGGAUGGCCCGCCUUCAAAAUAAAAGCAUUGUAACGUACCAACACCAGUUGACAUGUUUGUUUAAAUAAUAGAACCAGACAUUAUUUUUUGAGAAUUUCGCAAUGAUUUAAUUUUCUGAUUACAUUUUAGCUUAGCUCACUAUAGGUUUGGAUCAUUUUAAUUAAAACAAACAUAAAUGCCGUUCUGUGUACAGGCACAUCUCAAACCAGUAGACUAUUAUGUAAAAGUGCUAUAUUUUUUGCCAGUCAUCUCAGAAAGUGAAACUCAUAUUGAAUCAUUACACAUUGAGUGAUAUAUUCUAAGCUUGUGUUUCUUUUAAUUUUGAUGAUUAUUUUUCACAGGUAAAGAAAACCAAACAUUCAGUGCCUCAGAAAAUCAGAAUUGUGAAAAGGUUCAUUAUUGGAUACUCAUGGUGUUGCAACCUUCUUCUUCUGUAGUUUUUAUUGGCAGUUUACAAUCUCAGUGAGGUGUAAUACACUAAAUAUAAAAUCUUCCUAAUUUACAAAGAAAAAACUAAAUUAUUUCAGCUAAUCACGUGUUCUUCAAAUACUUGAACUAUAGGAUGUGACUCAAGCUUGCCUAAUAUAUUGAUCACAGUUACUGGAAGUCAUAUUGCCUUGCUCAUUUCCUUUCUUUGUCUUGGUUAUUGUCUACAUUACACCAAAACAUGCUCAACACUUUCUAUUUCUCCAAAAUGACUACAGGUCCUAGUUGGAUGUUUCCCUAUAAUUAACAGUUAUCCACACCACAUCUUCUUGCAGUAACAUCCUUUUGUAGUUUAUAUAGAUGCCUUCCUUUCUCCUCUGUCUUCCAUCUUUCGUUCCAUAUUUUCUUGAUGUAUCUUUAAAAAUUAUUUUAAUCUCUGUUUAACUUAAGGGGACAUAAAGUUCAACUUCACUUGUCUUGACUGCUUCUUUGGCGAAUCUAUCCAUCUUUUCAUUACCCUCAAACCAUUUAUGUGCUGGAAUCCAUGUAAAUUGAAUAUCUAUUUUUUGUUAAUUUAUGCUAUAUAUUUUAGAUAAUUAACUUCAUCUAAAAAGGUCUUGUCGCCUAUCUGAUUUCCCGCUUUGAAUGCUGGUUAGACAAGACAUUGAGUCAGAACAAAAAACAUCUUUAUUACGUUUUACUUCCUCCACCCAGUGCAAAGCCAGUGUGAUAUUACAAUCAUCUCUGCUGAAAAAAAUGAUAAAUGAUCUGUUCUCCUUCUUCUGUUACUGAUUUUAUUUCUGGGAAUCUACACGGCUGCAGGUGUUUUGCCCAUCUUAUCUUUUGAAGCAUCUGUACAUAUUUGUGUCAUAUUCUCAUACCUUAUUCCUAGGUACAGCUGUGUAUUCGAAUAAAAAUCCCCUCUAGACUUUA